CACACCUCCUUUGUGUUUCUAUCUCACUCGUACAAGCAUGCAACAGACAGAGAAACGACUUGCUAUAUAAUCGCUUUUCUCAGUGGAAAAUCAUCAUUCACGUUAGAGAGCUAUCAGUACGCGCUUCUCGACACCAUGGACAAGUCACACCGUGCAUCCUCAUCCUCAUUCUUAUUACCAGACAGCCCGCCUCCGGAGAGGGAGCUGAACUACUGGGAACAGCAGAAGCAGCAGAAGAAGCAGCAGAAAAGCCUCAGCUCAGCUGCCACCUCUGCCGCCCCCUCCUCCUCAGCCUCAACCUCAGAUCCCUUGAAGAAACAAGGGAUCUUCGUCCAAGAUGAGGAUUCCAGCAUCAUCGUGGGAGACAGCAGCCCUCCCCCGCAAGCUACUUGGGCACCACGCCGAGCAGCGCUCACAUCGGUACCCGCCCCCAAGCAGUCUGUCAAGAGGAGGCUGUUUGUCGACGAUGAGGAGCCUGGCGUCCUCACUCAAUCAAAGAAACGUGCGGUGGAAGAGGAUGAGGAGGAGGAGGACAGCUCCAUAAUGACGUUGUUACAGCAGGAGGAGGAUGAAAUUCUCCCCGAGGAGCACUUCCUCACCGUCAUCAAUAGGUACUCCCCGAAACCCUGGACUCCUCUAAGAGAGUUGAUGGAGGGUACACCUUACCCUAUUGAGGACGUGAGGGAGGUCUGCAAUCAACAUGGACGUCGCGUGGUGCUCAAGAUCCGACUGUCAGGUCAGAGAACAACAGAUGUUUACAUACCUGAACGUUUCACGCAGAUCUUGACCUCCAAAGACAUCCAAAAUUUUAAAAGUAAAUGCAAAUCAUUGUUACUGUUUGUGAAACAUAUUAAUCAGUACAUGACUGACAUAAACAUUGUUAAAAUGCAUAAAAUUUAAAUCAUGAUAAUUAUAUUACUUAUUACUUAUUUUGUUAAUAAUCUUGUAACAAAUUUUCGGAUUUACUUUUAGGGUUUCAGUUAACAUUUUAUGAAUUUUAUUAUUACUUAUAAGUUAUUUUGUUAUCCGGCUGUCAGGUCAGAGAACAACAGAUGUUUACAUACCUGAACGUUUCACGCAGAUCUUGACCUCCAAAGACAUCCAAAAUUUUAAAAGUAAAUGCAAAUCAUUGUUACUGUUUUGUGAAACAUAUUAAUCAGUACAUGACUGACAUAAACAUUGUUAAAAUGCAUAAAAUUUAAAUCAUGAUAAUUAUAUUACUUAUUACUUAUUUUGUUAAUAAUCUUGUAACAAAUUUUCGGACUUGACAUUACAUCGUCUUUCAGCAAUAUAACCUAUAUCUUGUAAAUCACAAUUUUCAAGUAUUUAGUUUUGGCACAAGCCAUUACAUAUAUUUUCAUUAUAAUCUAUAAUUUUCAAGUAUUGUGUUUCCUCCACUUCACUCAGCUGAGGUUGUAUGAAUCUAUAAUUUACAAGUUUUGUGUUAAGGUGACAAUUGCAUCGCAUAUCAGCAUAUACAUAACCUACUUUGUUAACCGCAUAAUUUACUUGUUAUAUAUCAAUAAAAAAUAGUUUGUUAUUCUAUAAAAAGUUUUCACUCACCUAU